AUGUGUUUGCGGUCUCAAGAUAUUUUGGAAUAUCAUUGACCAAGAGCGGGAACGAAGUUCCGAAAAGUAUGAAAACUGCGAAAACACUGCAGUGCGUUGGAAAAGUUUGUAACGUUUGAAGUCAGAGAUAGAAGUAUCAGAUUAAUUGUGUUUCACCUUGAAUGUGAACGCUAGAUCAGAGCUGCUAGGGGGAUCUGUGCCUACGCCAAGCCCAGCAAGGCUUCACUUAGCUGGGUAACAUCUGCUGAGGCCUCCCCUGCCUCCUGGACUUCACCAUCAUGGCGAUGCUGCUCCCCCAGAAUCCAUCUCAGGUGCAUGCGGCUGCUGUGAAUGGAGACAAGAACACCUUACAGAGACUGAUCACAGCAGAGUCUCGUCUGCGGGACAGUGAGGAUCAGUUCGGCCGGACUCCUCUGAUGUAUUGUGUGCUGGCCGACUGCUUGGACUGUGCAGAGGUGCUACUUAAGGCCAGCGCAGCCGUCAACAAGACUGACCACAGUCAGAGGACCGCACUGCACCUUGCAGCACAGAAGGGCAACGUGCGCUUCAUGAAACUCUUACUGUCGCGCCUCGCAGAUUGGCGGUUAAAGGAUCUGGAAGAAAUGACUCCAUUACACCUGGCAACCCGAAACUCGAGUUCCAAACCUCUGUCUCUGCUCCUCAAGCACAUGGCACCUGGUGAGGUGGACACACAGGACAGGAAUAAGCAGACAGCGCUGCACUGGAGUGCCUUCUACAAUCACCCCGAGCAUGUCAAGCUGCUGAUCAAGCACGAUUCAAACAUCGGGAUCCCAGACAGUGAGGGUAAGAUCCCUCUACACUGGGCGGCACAUAACAAACACCCCAAUGCCACACGUACGGUACGCUGUAUCCUGGAAGCUGCUCCCACCGAGUCCCUGCUGAACUGGCAGGACUAUGAGGGACGCACCCCUCUGCACUUUGCAGUGGCUGAUGGGAAUGAGGCGGUGGUUGAAGUGCUGACAUCAUACGAGGGCUGCAGUGUGACAGUCUAUGACAACCUGUUCAGGACACCACUGCACUGGGCGGCACUGCUGGGUCAUGCUAAGAUUGUACACCUUCUGUUGGAGAGGAACAAGUCUGGGAUGAUCCCAUCAGACAGUCAGGGAGCAACACCUCUGCACUAUGGAGCUCAGAGCAACUAUGCUGACACAGUCGCAGUGUUUUUAAAACACCCCUCGGUGCGAGAUGAGCCUGACUUGGAGGGACGAACAGCUUUCAUGUGGGCUGCAGGGAAGGGCAGCGAUGAUGUCAUCAAAACUAUGCUUGAUCUGAAAAAGGACCUGGACAUAAACAUGACUGACAAAUAUGGAGGGACAGCUCUUCAUGCGGCUGCACUCUCAGGGCAUGUGUCCACUGUGCGGUUGUUGCUAGAGCGGGGAGCCAUGGUGGACCCGCUGGACGUAAUGAAACACACGCCUCUGUUCCGUGCAUGUGAGAUGGGCCAUCGAGAUGUCAUUCUAACACUCAUCAAAGGAGGGGCACGUGUUGAUCUGGUAGACAUAGACGGUCACUCUGCACUUCACUGGGCAGCUCUGGGCGGUAAUGCGGAGGUGUGCGAGGUGCUGAUGGAGAACGGGAUCAGUCCUAACCUGCAGGACCACGCAGGACGAACUCCCCUCCAGUGUGCGGCAUAUGCUGGCUACAUCAACUGCAUGGCCUUGCUCAUUCAGCAUGAUGCAGACCCCAAUAUCCAGGACAAGGAGGGGAGAACCGCACUCCACUGGUCCUGUAAUAACGGUUAUCUGGAUGCUGUGAAGCUGCUUCUGGGGUGUGGAGCCUUUCCCAACCAUAUGGAGCACACUGAGGAGAGGUACACUCCUCUAGACUAUGCCCUGCUGGGAGAGCAUCAGGAACUGACCCAAUUUCUAUUGGAGCAUGGAGCUCUGUCCAUCGCCGCCAUCCAGGACAUCGCCGCCUCGUCCAUCCAGGCUCUUUACAAGGGCUACAAGGUCCGAAGGGCGUUCAGAGAGCGCAAGAAGCUCCUCAUGAGACACGAACAACUGCGCAAGGAUGCUGCAAAGAAGAGGGAGGAGGAGCGCAGACGUGAGGCUGAGCAGCAGCUCUCAUUGGCUGAGGCAAAUCAGAAGCAGCUCGUCUCAUUGGCUGAAGUCAGAGUGGACAAACGGGAUGAAACGGAGCAGAGUGUUAAAGAUCCAGUGGCGGUGAAAGGACACAAACACAAAAAAUCCCCCAGUGUUCAUAAUAUCCAAUCACAGAGCAGGAGAGAGAAAAAACAUAGAACUGAGCGCAGAACAAGAGAUGCUGAAACACCAGAGGCUUCUUUCCCCCUGGCAACCUCUGGUCUCAUGGUGACCCCCCUGAGCACCAGGAAGUGUUCAGGCACUGUAGAGGAGGAGUGUGUGAUGGAAACUUGCAGCCCAGAUACAUGCAUAUCUGUGGAAUGUGGGUCCACAUAUGAGCGCCGAUCCCCCGCUGGGUCCAGUCGACCAGGCAGUGCUAAACCGGUCAACUCAGGGGCCCAUGUUGCAUCAGGCCACAUGGAAACCACCACAACGCCCAAAUCAGCAAUACAUAACAGACUCAGGACUACAGGGGCCCAUUUAAAACAAGCGUCCAUGGGGAACAAGCCAGCAUCAGAGCACAAAUCUAAGCAAUCUAACAUCUCCAACUCCGCCUCUGUCACACUACAAAAAGAGAGACGAGCAGAAAGAGAGAUGCACAGAGAUAAGGAUUACAGAUCAAGGACUGAGGGGGAUAAACAGGCUGGCAGAGAGAAACAGAAAUAUACAGGGAAGGAAAAAGACAAAGAGAGAUGGAUGGGCAGAACAAGAAAAAAACAAGUUGAGAAAGAAAAGAAGAGAGACAGCAUCCAUAGUAAAAACCAGGCUGCCAUCGUGAUACAGAGAGCAUGGAGGAGGUCUUGUAUUCGGAGUCAUCUUCAUAAGUUACUGUGCAAGACUGGGAAAGGGGCGGAGUCUGCUGAAGUCACAUCCCUGUUGAUUCAGCUAUUAUGGGAGUGGCCUAUCUCUCAUGACCACACCCAUCAUAAAACUUCUGUCGUUCAAGCUCCUCCCACCAGGAAUGUAGGGAAAAAGAGCUCUGUGCUGCAAAAUAUAUAUGGCGGCGUCCCAUCCAAAAGAGGGCACACGUUGCGGGCUGCAGUGCUUAAACCACAGAGCCAAAGUCAAGCGCUGCUGGAUCUGUCACUUAAAACAAACAAACAGUUGAGCGCCGUCGAGUGUGUGAGCUUGGUGGAUACUUCAAGUCAGGCGAAGCAAUACUCUUACCAUCUAAGGCCAUCCAGUGCUGGCAGUCAAAGCGGUCAGAACAGAACCAAGAACUAAGACACAGACAUUCUUGGAUUUCUGGGAAUCAAAUCUUUGCUUAAGCAAUACAGGGAUGAUGCACUUAAGCUCAUUUGAUGUUUAUUUAAACUAUUGCAUUAAGGUACAGUAAACUCACGUGGUCCGUAUCAUUAAGCUUUUACAUAUGAAAUCUGCAGUAUCAGCUUAUUGCAUAGGUUAGAGGUUAAAACCACAAACACAACAAAUAUAUUAGAUAACCUUUCAUUCUGUCAACAACAGGUCAUAUACCUGUCAUAAGGGUGACAUAGGACUUGCAUAACAAGACCACCUGCAUGGGAGACCACCGUGUUAAUACUCUUCAGUCGAGAUGUCACAAGGCAGAUGUCAGCCUAUUUCUGAUAUUGCCACAGAUCUAGACAUUAUCUAGUAUUCUUAUACUCCACACCCGUUUAUUGAGUGGGUUGUAUUAUUAAUGUUUUAUC